UAACACUCUAGUUUUAAUUGCUCCAACUACUUAGGGUUUGACAGUAAAUCGCAUCAAUGGUGUUCGAUGGUCAAAGUAUUGGGAAUUGUAUCGGAAUCAACCAGAUGAUGAUGUAAUGCAAAUCUUACAACUUCCACUUGGAAAAAUCAAAGAAUUAAAUAUCAAAAGUUUGCGGAUGACAGAUUCAAUGACACAAGCCCUUCUUUCUCAUCUUGAUGUGAUGGAUAAGCUUGGUUUGGAAUCUUUUAGAUGUAAUGACAUGAACCUGAACUACUACAUGAAAGAUAUUUCCGAGAAAAUAAUAGAUCGGCAAAAUAAAAUCGAAAUAUCAAUACUUGGUGCGGCAACCGAACAUGUGAGACCAUUGUUCCGAUGUCUUGAUAAAAUAUCCAAACUAGGACUUGAUGCGUUAUAUUUUUCAAGUGACAAUUAUUGUUUAUUGGAAAAAGCAAAAUUACAACAUCCUUCACUACAGGUGGAAUAUGUCGAUUAUCUAUUCUGAUUUCCCACGGUAGACUUUGAUGUAUUCCCGCACCUUUAUUCACAAUCGAGUGACUCCGAUAACAGUGACACUGAUGGUUGCCCCGAUUUCAACACCUUUGCUGCCAACACAAACCCA